UAAAAAUAAAAAAUGACUGUCAAGACUUAUACCAUCUACCCCACCACCAAAUACAAUCGCCCACCUCCACCAUCAACCAUUGCACUUCAUGGUUUGGAUUUCUCUCCUCCUAUACAAAUUCAAAACCGCCGGUUCUUUCAUCCUCCAACCAGCUCUUUUUCUGAUGUAAUCGAGAAAUUGAAAUCUUCUCUUGCUGAAGCACUCGAGUUGUACCCGCCAGUUACAGGAACGGUCCGUACCAAUGAAGAAAAGAACGAGAUCUACAUCGCAUUGGAUCCUGCAAAUAUCCAGGGUACACCUUUUCUGGUCGAAACAAAAGAUGUUCCAUUUGCUGGCGAUACGGAUGAUAUAGCUCCUCGAAAUGAUCAGGUUCUUCCUCCAUUUGCAAAUAUAUUUGCGGUGAAAGUAACUCAGGUAAUAUACAGGAAAGAAAAAAAAAAUGGUCCCAUGCUUAGCUCUACAUUGUACACUUAA